CCCGCGUCCCCUCCCUCCUGCCCACUCGGCGCGGCUCUCCGCGGCCAGGACCUGAUCCUCGGACGUGCACAGCGAGGGCGCCCCGCGCGCUCGGGGUCAGGACGUCAGGGACCACCCACGGGUGCUGCCAAGAUGCUCCGAGGCUCCCGCUCCGUCCUCCUGCUCUGGGGCCUCCUGGGGACCCUGCGCGCCCAGCAGCAGGAGGUCAUCGCACCCGACACAUCGGAGAGAGGCAGCUGCCCAGAGAAAGCCGACUGCCCGGUCAACGUGUACUUUGUGCUGGACACCUCGGAGAGCGUCACCAUGCAGUCCCCCACCGACAGCCUGCUCUACCACAUGCAGCAGUUCGUGCCGCAGUUCAUCAGCCAACUGCAGGACGAGCUGUACCUCGGCCAGGUGGCCCUGAGCUGGCGCUACGGCGGCCUGCACUUCUCCGACCAGGUGGAGGUGUUCAGCCCGCCGGGCAGCGACAGGGCCUCCUUCACCAAGGGCCUGCAGAGCAUCCGCUCCUUCCGCCGUGGCACGUUCACCGACUGCGCGCUGGCUAACAUGACCCGGGAGAUCCGGCAGCACAGGAGCAACGGCGCGGUCAACUUCGCGGUGGUCAUCACCGACGGCCACGUCACCGGCAGCCCCUGCGGUGGCAUCAAGAUGCAGGCUGAGCGGGCCCGCGAGGAGGGCAUCCGGCUCUUCGCCGUGGCCCCCAACAAGAACCUGAACGAGCAGGGCCUGCGGGAAAUCGCCAGCACGCCCCAGGAGCUCUACCGCAGCAACUACGCCACCAUGCUGCCCGACUCCGCCGAGAUCGACCAGGACACCAUCAACCGCAUCAUCAAGGUCAUGAAACAUGAGGCCUAUGGAGAGUGCUACAAGGUGAGCUGUCUGGAGAUCCCCGGGCCCCCUGGCCCCAAGGGCUACCGCGGACAAAAGGGCGCCAAGGGCAACAUGGGGGAGCCUGGAGAGCCUGGACAGAAGGGCCGGCAGGGGGACCCAGGCAUUGAAGGACCCAUCGGAUUCCCAGGACCCAAGGCAUGUCCUGGUUUCAAAGGAGAAGAAGGUGAGAUUUCGACCGAUGGGCGGAAGGGCGCCCCCGGCCUGGCUGGCAAGAACGGGACCGAUGGACAGAAGGGCAAGCUGGGGCGCAUUGGACCCCCUGGCUGCAAGGGAGACCCCGGGAGUCGGGGCCUCGACGGCUACCCAGGGGACGCAGGCAGUCCUGGGGAACCCGGAGACCAAGGUGCCAAGGGGGACGCUGGCCGCCCAGGACGCAGAGGGCCCCCAGGAGAGGACGGGGCCAAGGGAAGCAAGGGCUAUCAAGGCAACAACGGAGCCCCAGGAAGUUCCGGCGUGAAAGGAGCCAAAGGCGGGCCCGGGCCCCGGGGACCCAAAGGCGAGGCUGGGCGCAGGGGAGACCCUGGCACCAAGGGCAGCCCAGGCGGCGAGGGCCCCAAAGGCGAGAAGGGGGAUCCUGGCCCCGAGGGACCCCGGGGCCUGGCUGGGGAGGUUGGCGGCAAAGGAGCCAAGGGAGACCGCGGCCUGCCUGGACCCAGAGGCCCCCCUGGGGCUCUGGGGGAGCCUGGGAAGCAGGGAUCUCGGGGAGACCCCGGUGAUGCUGGUCCCCGCGGAGACUCCGGACAGCCUGGCCCAAAGGGAGACCCUGGCAGGCCUGGAUUCAGCUACCCAGGACCCCGAGGAGCGCCUGGGGAAAGAGGCGAGCCAGGCCCACCUGGCCCCGAGGGGGGCAGAGGCGACUUCGGAGUGAAAGGAGCACCUGGGCGGAAAGGAGAAAAGGGGGAGCCUGCAGAUCCUGGUCCCCCUGGUGAGCCGGGCCCUCGGGGGCCGAGAGGAUCCCCCAGGACCCGAGGUAGGUCAGGAGAGCCUGGACCCCCCGGAGACCCCGGCCUCACGGAGUGUGACGUCAUGACCUACGUGCGGGAGACGUGCGGGUGCUGUGACUGUGAGAAGCGGUGUGGCGCCCUGGACGUGGUGUUCGUCAUCGACAGCUCUGAGAGCAUCGGCUACACCAACUUCACGCUGGAGAAGAACUUCGUCAUCAACGUGGUCAACAGGCUGGGGGCCAUCGCCAAGGACCCCAAGUCCGAGACAGGGACCAGAGUGGGCGUCGUGCAGUACAGCCACGAGGGCACCUUCGAGGCCAUCCAGCUGGACGACGAGCGCAUCAACUCGCUGUCCAGCUUCAAGGAGGCCGUCAAGAACCUCGAGUGGAUCGCAGGCGGCACCUGGACGCCCUCCGCCCUCAAGUUCGCCUACAACAAGCUGAUCAAGGAGAGCCGGCGCAAGAAGACCCGCGUGUUCGCAGUGGUCAUCACGGAUGGCCGGCACGACCCCCGGGACGACGACCUCAACCUGCGGGCGCUGUGCAACCACGAUGUCACGGUGACGGCCAUCGGCAUCGGGGACAUGUUCCAUGAGAAACACGAGAGCGAGAACCUCAACUCCAUUGCGUGCGACAAGCCCCAGCAGGUGCGCAACAUGACGCUGUUCUCCGACCUGGUGGCCGAGAAGUUCAUCGACGACAUGGAGGACGUCCUGUGCCCGGACCCCCAGAUCGUGUGCCCGGACCUUCCCUGCCAAACAGAGCUGUACGUGGCCCAGUGCACCCAGCGGCCCGUGGACAUCGUCUUCCUGCUGGACGGCUCCGAGCGGCUAGGUGAGCAGAACUUCCACAAGGCCCGGCACUUCGUGGAGGAGGUGUCCCGGCGGCUGACCCUGGCACGCAGGGACGAUGACCCACUCAACGCACGCGUGGCGAUGCUGCAGUUCGGGGGCCCUCGCGAGCAGCAGGUGGCCUUCCCACUGACCUCCAACCUGACGGUCAUCCACGAGGCACUGGAGAGCGCGCGCUACCUCAACUCCUUCUCACACGUGAGCUCGGGCAUCGUGCACGCCAUCAACCAGGUGGUGCUCGGCGCGCGGGCCGGGGCGCGCCGCCACGCCGAGCUGUCCUUCGUGUUCCUCACGGACGGCGUCACGGGCAACGACAGCCUGGACGAGGCCGUGCACUCCAUGCGCAAGCAGAACGUGGUGCCCACCGUGGUGGCCGUGGGCGACGACGUGGACAUGGACGUGCUCUCCAAGAUCAGCCUGGGCGACACGGCUGCCGUCUUCCGUGAGAAGAACUAUGACAGCCUGGCCCAGCCCGGCUUCUUCGACAGGUUCAUCCGCUGGAUCUGCUAGCGCCCCACCCACCCUGGCGCGCACCCCCAGCCCUGCGGGCUCUGUCCUCCUGUCCGUGGUGCUACUCAGAUCCCACCAAGAGAGGUGCAGAGCGCUGCCCUGCCGACUCGACCUCUCCAGUGUGGGUGUAAAGUCAGGAGUGGAGUUCCCCUCCCCACCCAGCUCUCCCCAGGGUCCUGCAGCCCUGCCGCCCUCCACCCCUUCUCUCUAUCCCGUGACACCCUACUCUCCACACCCUUCCUGGUCCCCAGAGGCUUCCCGGGACGCGCUUCAGACCCUCAUCAACAGGCCCAUUUCCCCCUCAGCCCAGCGUCAUCCCUGGACUCUCAUCCACCUUCCAGGGCCCCCAAAGGCUCUCUGCCAGCCCCCCUGGCCCAGCUCCCAGGUCUCCGCCUCACCUCUGAGGGUCAUGCCCCCAUCAGACAGAGCUGUGACAGCAGGCCCUCCAUGUCUCUGUAUGUACACACCUCAGUCCAAUAAAGGCUUUGAACCACC